CUCUGAACAAACAUCGGGGACCAGGAAACAACUAACAAAACUGCUGAACCUGUAAACUGGCAGCAAACAAGUUUUUCAAGAAAUUGAAACUGUUCUGCAUUCGAGGGUGGAAGACAUCAGAGAGGGAGGAAGAACGGGAAAACAACUAACAAAACCACACAAUCUGGAUUUUAUGCUGCUUUCUUAAAAAACUUCACCCUAAAGAAAGACAAGGAGGACAUUAAGGACUUUAUUUGACAUUGCAUAAGAUUCAGCCUGAUCAAACCAGGACUUCCUGCUUUUAAAAACAUGUCGGACAACAUAGAAAAGGAUUCACAAAGUAUUCUCUGCGACAUGUGCAUAGGCGAGGACAGGAAACCUGCACGGAAGACCUGCAUGAAGUGUGAGAUCUCCAUGUGUGUCCAGCACCUGCAGGCCCACCUGACCACACCUGUGUUACUGCAGACUCAUCCUCUGGCUGAACCCAUGGCUUUAGAUGCCAGCACUAAAUGCCCUCAACAUGGUAAACUUCUGGAAUACUUCUGCUUGGACGACAUGACCUGUGUGUGUGUUUCCUGCGCCAUUGAAGACCAGCACCGCCUGCACAACAUGAAGACCUUCACCACGGCCCACAAAGAGCUCAUGGACAAACUCCAAACUGAGCAACUGAACUUACGGCAGAAAACGGAUGAUAACAAUUUGAGUUUGGAAAAGUGGGAGAAGAAUGAAAGAGAGAAGGUGAGUCACUGCAGCGUGCGUCUCAUUGAAGCUGUGACUAACCUGCGUGACGUUUCUCUGAGCAGUGUCCAGAGUUCAGUCUCUGCUCGCAUGGUGUCCCUCAAAACCAGCAGGAGCAGCAUGCAGGCAGCUCAGAAAGAGACGGACACCUUCAGAUUUCUGCAGAUGUAUUCUCAGGUGCAUCAGGAUGUGGAGAAGGCCAAAUCUGUAGAUCUGAGGAAAGGGCUGGAGCCUGGGAGUGAUCGUGACAAACUGGUACAAGAGAUAAGAAAGCAUGGGCAAGAGAUUGUCAAACAGGGGUCAAAUUUCAUGGAAUCAUUAUUGAUUCUGGUUGACCCUGAGAACCACAAGGAUCUCAGCGCCUCUGCUCCAGACCUGAUCUUUGAGCCACAGAUUUCUGGUCCCAACAUGUUACUAUCUAAAGACAAGAGGAAGGUCUUUCAUCACAACAGGGAGGGAAAAUGCAGUGCCACUCUUCAGAUUGGUAGCACCCAGUCAGCUCCCAACUUUCAGAGGUGGACAGUCAGUCUCACCAAAGAGUCUGACUGGAUGGUUGGGUUAUGUGAUAAACAGUCUGUAAAUAACUUGAUGAAUGGACCUCUCUAUGCACUGCGCUAUGAAGACAACCACCUCAGCUGUCUUACAACAGAUUAUGAAGAUUGCUCUGGUGCAUCAUCCAGUUCAAGAGGUCUGACAGAGCUGAAAGGUGGCAUGACACAAACAGGAAAACAAGUCAAGGUUUCUGCUGCAUUACUCACAAAUCAGGGAAAGGACAUCCCACGGCCUGAAAAAGUGGAGGUCCUCUGGAACUUUGCCGCCUCCAAGUUGUCUUUCUUCAGCAGAACAGGACAGUACCAGAGAGAAGAAAUCAUCACAGCUGGGGUGAGCCUGAACAACUGGGAUCUUGUCCCAUUUGUUCGGUUGGGGAAGGAAAACGGUCAGAUUAGCUUUAACCAGCAAGGUUGGUGCUCAUGUGGGAUGACUCCCUCCUCCAACCGGACAAAUUGUCCCAACUGUGGAAAAAGAUAUGGAGUCUUUAUCACAGAGCUGGUUUGUGAGCUUUGCUAAGUGGUGAUAGUCGUGAUGAAAAAUAUAUUAAACAUUUGUUGUUUACAUGAUUAACUAAAUAGAUCUUCAUCUCAAUAUUAAUCAUUGUGUUUUUAAUUUCUUUAAAUUUAGCAACAUUAUUCUUUAACUUGAACUGUUAUAUCUCUGUCAGUUUAAGAUGUUUAUCUGCUUGUGUUGGUAUUAAAAUGUCCUUGCUUGUUCAUCAUACAUCAUUGUAACACCAAGAUUUAAUGGCAACAGGAGAAUGAAUACAUUUAACAGAAACAAUAAAAAAAUGAUUGAAUCAACAAUAAAACU